AUGGGCCGAGCAAUCUCGACAAGACACGAGCCAAGCCCAGUUCAACACCUAUCACUUUUGAUAACUGACCAAAAUGGCCAUCCACUCACACACGCCAUCUUCCAAACUCUCUCCCCCCUCUCUCUCUCUCUCUCUCUCAAGCUGCCGUCCACCGAGUCUCACCGCUUGCAAAAGCCGGACAUAUCGGUCAAGGGAAUCAAGUCUGACUACCCCAUCGAAAGGAAGGUGCCGAGAGGGAGAGAGGCUUUCAUGUCGGAGUGUAUCGCUUCAGGCAGUUACUUCCACCGCGAAUCACUUAUCAGAAUCCCCAUGUUUGAAGAACUCAACUCCCCUCACGUCUCUCCUGUCGCCAAGUCCAUACCACCGGUACCAAAACGCACUCAUAGAACCACCUUCCUCUUCUCCCCCAUCUGCCAAAGUGAAAGUCCGGGCGAUGUUGUCUCACGUACGGGGUACACCAGAUAUCCAACCAGACUUACUCAGACUCAUGCCGUGACCCGCUUUACCCCAGAUCCCCGAGGCCCGCGUCAGCCCACUUGCGCCUUCGGCAACCACGGGAAGCCCGCGCGGGCUGGUGCCACCAGUGACGGUACUAUUGGAACCCAGAGACUGGGCGGUAAACCCUCACUCGGCUCAAUCUGGGACACAAAGCCCAGCCAGCAGCCCACAGUCACGGUCCUAGUUGUCUCAUACAAGAUAGGUGAUGAUAUCGUAAAAUCUCAGAUAAACUCCUUGUCCCGCAAACACGCAUGCCGUUCUGGUUGGCCCCCUUUGAAAUACUGCUUUCUCAUGUGCAACUUCAAAAGAACCGGUAGCGCCGAAACCACCGCCAUAUUACCGUUGACCCCCGCCCCUAUAGAAGUUUUUUUUGUGUAA